AUGGAAGAAAUUUUGUCCAAUCUUCACAAUGCCAAGCUGAUUUCAUUGAUAGACCUAUGUUCGGGUUAUUGGCAACAUCCCAUUGCAGAGGAAGACAGGUAUAAAACAGCUUUCAGCGUAAAUGGCCGACAGUACGAAUUCCUGAGAAUGCCGUUUGGACUGUGCAAAGCCCCGGCAACAUUCAGGCGCUUACUAUUUAUGGUCCUGGAGAACCUGAAAAAUGUGGUUGUUUAUGGGGAUGACAUCAUUAUCUUCUCGGAGACGGAAAAUGAUCAUGGUGCCCGACUCGCAGCGGUGUUACAAAGACUGGAGGAAGCCGGCUUGAAGCUCAGUCGCAAAAAGUCACAGAUUGCUCAAAAGUCGAUUGUGUGUUUGGGCCACAUUGUCGGGAAUGGCCAGGUUCAGCCGUUUCCAGAGAAACACGAAGCAACCCAGAAUUUCGCUUCCCCGAAAUCGAAGCGUCAGCUCCGGUCGUUCCUCGGUAUGGUAACGUAUGACUCGAGGUAUGUGCCCCAUUUUGCGGAGAGGAUAAGCCCCUUGUAA